AUGGAUCCCAAAAUAUUCUUGGGCCAAUGGAGGGGGAAGCCCAAGCUGCCUCUGGGGCUCCUCUGAGAGGCAGAACGCCUUAAGUCGGAGCUGGAGGGGCGGAGCUCAGUGGAGCCCUGGGCUGCUGCCAGCUCCGACCUGGCACUCGCUCGUCUGUGUCACCAUCAGGAUUUGUCUAGCGACGUGUUCCAACGGGGUGUGUUGGGGGGAGUCCUCUUCCCGACUAUCAAAAUGGUUAUCAAAGUGUUUGUUGCCACAUCUUCUGGGUCCAUAGCGAUUAGGAAGAAACAGCAAGAAGUGGUGGGCUUUUUGGAAGCUAAUAAAAUAGACUUUAAGGAACUGGAUAUAGCCGGAGAUGAAGACAAUAGGAGGUGGAUGAGAGAGAAUGUUCCUGGAGAGAAAAAACCUCAAAACGGGAUUCCUUUGCCUCCCCAGAUCUUCAAUGAAGAGCAGUAUUGUGGGGACUUUGACUCUUUCUUCUCUGCAAAAGAAGAGAAUAUUAUUUAUUCGUUCCUUGGUUUGACUCCCCCUCCAGGCUCACAGGUGACAAAAUCGCCUGACGAAGCAUCUUCCCUUCCCAAUGGUGAUCUGAUGGGAGAGGCACAGAGCUCUGCAGAGGGGACAGAGAAGGCUGAAGAAGGAGGAGAUGAAGAUGCGGGCAGCCUCUCUGAAUCCCAAGAGAAGAAUGAAGAAGAAGGAGAGAGAGCAACAGAAGAGAUGGAAGAAACAAGUGGGGCGGGAGCAGGAGGAGAAGCAGCAGCAGGAGAGGAAGAGGAAGAGGAUGCUGAAGAGGAGGAGCCAGGAGAGCAAGAAGACUCAUAGGCCUUUUCAUGUUUAAUUUCUCCAACUUUUCUAGAAAACACAAGCCAUGAAACAACAUUUCAAAUGUCUUCCCACAGGCCAAUCUCAACGAAAUACUUUGGUCCAAAGCCAGCACCCCUCUCUCAGUACAUCUGGGGUUCCCUGAAGACUUGUGCUAUCUGAUAUGGUUAGAUGUACAUGAACAUAUCUACUCAAUCCUAUCAAUAAAAUUCAAUGUGAAGAUGAUAUAUGGUUACCUUCAUGUGCCUGACUUUCUUGGCCUUUGCUUGUUUUUUUUUGCUCUGCAUUAAUUCUAUGUAAAAAAAAUGAUUUCAAGAUAUAAAACUUCUCUUCGUGAUACAAGAAAAGUAUUUCCUCAUACGUGCCUUAUGCUACUUGUCUCAGAAUUAGCUUUGAAAAUGAAGUGCUUUCCAGAGAACAACUGUAUAAAUAAAGAUUAGCAGCAAAUA